UUUUCCUUCGCUUCUUGUAAUAACGACUGGAAACGGUCGACUUGCAGAGAGAAAGAUUCGCGCGGUUGACUGUUGCCGGCCGCCGGAGGGAGAAACAGAAAACGCCAACGCCAUGUCAACCAUUGCCGGAACUCCUCCGUUCGACGACGACGACGCCAUCGGAUUCGAAUCUGGCCUCUCUUCUCAUCGAUUCGAAUCCUCUACUAGCUUCGAAGCCGAGUCCGCUGCUGCCGAUUCGACCGGCGACUCGCCACUGAUCUUCGGGAACCAGUCGUAUAACCAGGGAGACGACGUUCCGCCGACUCCGCCUACGAAUUUCUCGGCCGGUGGAGGACUCUCGAGUUUGUCGCCUGAGCAGAACAGCGAGGGCUUCGAUGGAGGUUUUGGCGAAUCGGACCGCCCGAUCCUCUCCUCUCCGACGGUGAUGGAACCGGAGGAAGGAUUUCCUUUAAGAGAAUGGCGCAGAUUGAAUGCGAUUCGAUUGGAAGAAAAGGAGAAGAUGGAGAAGGAGCUUUUGCAAGACAUAAUUGAUGAGGCUGAUGAGUACAAAAUUGACUUCUACAGAAGGCAAAAGAUUGCUCUAGAUAAUAGAAAAGCUUCAAAUCGGGAUAAGGAGAAGCAAUAUGUAGCAAACCGAGAUCGGUUCCACGCCGAAGCUGAGAAGAACUAUUGGAAGGCAAUUGCAGAACUAAUCCCCAAUGAGGUUGCAGCCAUAGAACAAAGGGGGAAGAAAGACAAGGAGAAGAAGCCUCCUGGUAUUGUUGUUAUUCAGGGUCCCAAGCCCGGAAAACCGACCGAUCUCUCGAGAAUGCGCCAAAUACAUUUGAAGCUCAAACAUAACACCCCAGUUCACAUGAAGCCUAAAGCAGACCCUGAAAGGGACUCUUCCGCUGCUGGCGCAACGUCGACUGCUAAGUCGGUUUCUGCAGCUUCAACAAAGACUGCUGCUGUUGCAACUUCUGAAGGUACAACUGCUGCUUGAAAUUAGAUAUCAUACUCCCUGUUAUGUAUGUUCAAGAACAAGUAGCUACCUCUCAUGGAUCUUGAUGUCUAGUAACGGUCAGUCAUAUAUAGUCAAUAAAGCACAUCAGAAAUGUAGCGAUCUUUGUAGGUAGAGACACAAAAGGCUUCGAAAAUCAUAAUCCGUGCACGAAUAUUGCUUAGUU